AUGUCGGUCAACAAUUGGGAAACGCGUUUGGUAGGUUGGCGCCCUUGGACGAGGUUAGACGGUCCUGCCGUGAGGCUCCGGCAUUGGCUGUUCCGCGGGCGUGGGAGCUCCGCAGGGGUUCAGUUAGUCUGCACGGGUAAUAGAACUGCGCUGGGGGUGGGCGUUGAAGGAGGAAGUGGUGUAAAGCAUUUGCGAAAGAAAGGAACGAAGGGGAAAGAAAGUGACGAGAGGAGAGAGGACAGAGUCAAAGAGAAGAAGAUCCUUCAAGUUAAGAUAAAGGAUUCAAACAAAAAAAGAAAAAAAGAGAAGAAGAAGAGGAUAGAAAAUUGGUGACAAUUGUGAGUGGUCGCGGCGGUGAGUGCGUGACAAGAGAAAGAGAGAGAGAGAGAAA